UUCUCCAUAUGAAACUUGAAGAAUUUAUGACUGACAUGUAGAAGGGGUCUUAUUUUGGAAAUGUCGUCGGUGCUAUUUUCACAAUUGAAUUCCAGAAAAGAGGCCUGUCUCAUGUACACAUUAUCAUCUGGUUGAAUCAGGCUGACAAACACCCAACUCCAAAUGACAUUGAUAAGAUAAUUUCUGUAGAAAUUUCAAAUAAAGAACAGACCCAAAACUUCACAGAAUUGUCUCUAGAUUUAUGAUUCAUCGACCUUGUGGCAUUGCCAAUCCUAGAGCUCCUUGCAUGAAGAUGGGAAGAUAUGUGAAGUAUUUCCCCAAAAAAUUCAAGCAAGAAACAACUAUAGGAGAAUAUGGAUUUGCUGUGUAUCGAAGAAGAGAUGGCAGUGAAGUAGUUGUAAAAUCUGGUGUCAGCAUGGAUAAUAGAUCUAUUGUCCCUUACAAUAAACAACUACUUCUCAAAUACGAUGCGCAUAUAAAUGUCGAAUGGUCCAAUCGAUCGAGGUCGAUCAAAUAUUUAUUUAAAUAUGUCAACAAAGGCAUGGAUCGUACAAGAGCAUUGUUACAAGGUAAAAAAGACACAUCUGGUGACAAUUCAGUAGAGUAGAGGAUGAUCAGAUUUUUGAUGAAAUAAAGACCUAUAUUGAUUGUAGGUAUUUGACAACAUAUGAAUCAGUGUGGAGCAUUUUUGAAUUUCAUAUACACCACAAAUAACCAGCUGUGCAAAACUUAACAAUCCACUUGCCUCUAAUGAAUAGUAUCAUUUUCAAUGGAGAAAUGGAUGUCAGCAGAGUCUUGCAAUAACCUAGGAUAGAGAAAACUAUGUUGACAUAAUGGAUGUUCACUAACAGCAAUAAUGAAGAUGCACGGGGGCUUUCAUAUGCUGAGUUUCCCACUUUAUGGAGGUGGGACUCGACAAACAAAAUCUGGUUUCGAAGGAAAAGAGGGACUUGUAUUGGCAGGAUUACAUUUAUUCAUCCAUCUACUGGUGAACUUUAUUAGCUCAGGAUGCUGCUCUCUUAUAGUAAAGGUGUUGAAAACUUCAUUCAAGUUAGGACGGUUAAUGGAAUUGUGUAUGAAACUUUCAAAGAAGCAUGUAAUGCAAUGGGUUUAAUUGGAAAUGAUAAGGAAUGGCAUCAGGCAAUUGAAGAAGCUGCAGUAUGGGCAACCCUUCAAGAGCUGAGAUAUCUAUUUGUGACCAUGAUACUGUACUGUGAAGUCGAGGAUGGAAAAAAAUUAUUUCAUGACAAUUUAGGAUACUUGAAAGAAGAUAUUUCUUACAAAGUUGCAAAGCAAGUUGGGAUACCAGAGGCCAACAUAGCAGCUGCAGAAAUCAAGAAUCAAGUGUUAAUUGAAUUAGACUCACUGUUGAGAAGAAAUGGUUCAUCACUAAGCGAUCAUAAUCUUUCGCACCCAACAAAUCUGCAUAUCAUGGAUUUGGGAAACACUAUGUUAAUAGAAGAAUUAUCACACAAUUUGUACAACCUCCAAUGUGAAAGCAAGCGUCUGCUCUAGCAAAUGAAUUAUGGUAAAAAAAUAGUAUAUCACGCAGGUUUAGAAGUUGUGUACAAAGGAAAUGAAGGUUUCUUCUUUGUUCAUGGUCAUGGUGGAUCCGAAAAAACAUUCCUCUACAACGCAAUUAUUAGCAGUUUACGUUCAGAGGGGAAGAUAGUGCUCGCAGUGGCAUCUUCUGGGAUUGAGUCACUACUAUUGCCUGGCGGCAGAACAGUGCACUCAAGGUUCAAGAUUCCAAUUGAUGUCCAUUCAGAGUCGAGCUGUCACAUUAACAAAGGCAGUCAACUAGCGAAACUUAUAAAGAAGGCAUGUGUUAUAGUUUGGGACAAGGCACCCAUGACCCAUCGACAUUGUUUCGAAGCUCUCGAUAGAUCUAUGAGAGAUAUAUUGACAACCGAUGAGGAACCAAUAGAAGAAAAAAAUUUUGGGGGCAAAAUAGUUUUGCUUGGUGGGGAUUUUAGACAAAUUCUCCCUGUCAUUGUAAAGGGAUCAAGAUAUGACACAGUAAAGUCCUGUAUAACACAAUCACAUUUGUGGCCACAUUGCAACGUCUAUGUUUUAAAAGACAAUAUGCUCCUCUCUGAUAGUGGAUUGAACCCUGAGCAGAGAUCAGAACUAAAGAAAUUUAGUGACUGGCUUUUAGACAUUGGGGAAGGUAGGGCAGAAGCAAUAAAGAUGGAUGACAAUGAAGACAUUGCCAAUUGGAUAAAGAUACCUCAGACCUUAUUGUUGAAGUCAGAAAAGGGUGAAAUAGAAGAUAUGAUUACAAAAAUAUAUGACGACUUACAAUCUUUAUACACUGAUUCGACUCUAUCUACAAAAUGGGUGGCGCAUCGGAUGGCGAUGACCUACUAUACCCACCAUAAUUUUUGAAUUCACUGAAAUUCAAUGGCAUUCCCAACCAUGAACUGCAGCUAAAAGUGAACACUCCUGUUCUGCUUUUAAGGAAUAUCAAUCAAAGCAAUGGAUUGUGUAAUGGAACGAGGCUCAUGAUUACAAAAUUAGGAGAAAAGGUUAUUCAAGGUACUGUAAUAACAGGCAACCAUUCAGGAGAGAAAAUUUGUGUCCCAAGGAUAAUAAUGUCAGCCACUGAAAAGAAAUGGCCCUUCACAAUCAGGCGUAGGCAAUUCUUGGUCAGAUUAUGUUACGCUAUGACUAUAAACAAAAGCCAAGGACAAACAUUGAAAAAAGUUGGCUUAUAUCUUCCGAGACCUGUAUUUUCACAUGGACAAUUAUAUGUUGCAGCCUCAAGGGUCACGACAUACAAAGGACUUAAAGUUUUAAUAGCACCAGAGGAAAACAAAAAUUAGGAAUACACCAAAAACAUUGUCUACAAUGAAAUUUUUGAAGCUUUGCACCAAGGUCUAUUUGUUUAUCACCUCAUUUUCUAAGAAAUGUGGCAGAUUAUAAUUAAUUGCUUAUAUAUUUCCUAUAACAAAUAAAAUAUUGGUUUUUUUCUAAAUUUCAGGAGAAGAAGAAUAGCCUAUGGAUCACACACUAUUAAAUGAUUUGGAGGCAGGGCAGAGUGGAUAUAAGAUAAUCACUAGAGUUGCUAGAAUGUGGGACUCUACAAAUCCAACUAUGCAAGAUCAACUCAUUAGUGUGGAUUUCCUAUUACUCGAUAAACAGGUUAAUUGUUCUAUGAAAUUCAGAACUUAAUUCACAAGAAAUCAAUCAAACUAUAAAUUAUGUUUCUUCUAUUUCAUCUGCUAAUUAUAUUAUCCUUCAAUCUUUUAGGGCACCACUAUGCAAGGAUCAAUAAGAAAAGAGGAUGCACCCCGGGUGAAGGAAUUAUUGGUUGAGGGAAGGUCUACAAAAUAUCAAACUUCCUUGUUGUCAAAGCAAGAAAAAGUUACAGAGUAUGUCAGCAUGAGAACAUGAUUCUGGUUGGAACGUGGACUAUUAUCAAAGAAAUUCCAAUCACAGCUCACACUACCAAUCAACAGUUUCAAUGUUCGCGACGAGCAAAGCCUGGAAUCAAGAUUUUAUAAUGACUCUGACUUAAGUGAUAUUAUUGGGACUUUAACUUCUGUUGGAAGACUAACAAAGACUUUGGUCAAUGGGAGGAUGGUUGCAAAGAAAAAUAUGAUGAUCAAAAUCGCAGAGUGAGCACUGAAUUAUAUGUACAAUUCGUAUUAAAAUUUUAAAAUGGGCUGAAAAUUAAUAACAAAACUAUUGCUCCCUAACGACAGGAAUAAAAAUAUACCUGUCACUCUAUAGGCCAAAAUUGCAGAAGCAUUCGAUAAGA